UUGUCCAACCUUUGACUAACCUGUAAGACUAGUCUUAAAAGCUAAACAGCCGUCCACAGAUCUGUUUGCCUGAAACUGAAACCAUAGCUUUCUACACAUUUACAUGUUUUUUUAAUUACUUUUUAAAUAGUUUCAAUUGGCGGCAACCGAAAAAGACAUAUAAGGUGGAAAAUUAUGGAUAAAAAAGUACGCGGGACUGUCGCGACACUGGGUCAAGUUCAUGGCAUCCCAAUACUUGAGCGCAUAGUGCAACAAUGGACAAAAGUGGAAAAUUUCCAAGCAUCGAAAGAGGAUUUGCUUAUUGCCACGUAUCCAAAAUCAGGAACUACCUGGAUACAAGAAGUAGUGGACCAAAUUUUAAAUGUUGGAGAUGCAGAAAAGUGCAAACGCGCUCCCACUCAGGUGCGCAUGCCUUUUUUAGAGAUGGUCCCUACAGAUGGUGUACCCAUCGGUUUAACUAUUCUGGAAACCAUGGAUCCCCCACGUGUAAUCAAAACUCAUCUUCCUAUCCAACUUGUGCCUCAGUCUUUCUGGGAGGCUGGUUGCAAGGUCAUAUAUAUGGCCCGUAAUCCCAAAGACACUGUGGUUUCAUAUUAUCAUUUUAGUCGCAUGAAUAUGAACCAGCCAGAGCCUGGCUCUUGGCAACAAUUUCUGGAGAAGUUCAUGGCAGGCCAAUUGGGUUGGGGAUCUUGGCAUGACCAUGUUAAAGGAUACUGGAAGGAAAGGCAUAACAGGAGAAUCCUUUACGUAUUCUUCGAAGACAUGAAAGAGGACCCUCAUUGUGAGGUGACACGCAUUGCUGAAUUUCUUGAACGACAGUUAUCAGAAAGUACAAUAGAUCAUAUUGUACAAAUGACAACAUUUUCUGCUAUGCGGGAGAACCCCAUGGCAAACUACUCAACUAUCCCAGACACAGUUUUUGAUCGUACGGCCUCAGAGUUUAUGAGAAAAGGUGAGGUCGGUGACUGGAAGAAUCAUUUCAGUGCAGAAGAAGAUGCUGUAUUUGAGGAUCAGUAUCACAAACUGAUGGCUGACUGUCCUAUUCCAAUACGGUUCACAAUAUGAACGACUAAACUAAAAUAAAGUAUUUAUUUCUUAGACCAGAAAACAUUGCAGUAACAACUGAGUAACGAUGCAAACAGUUAAUAUCAGAAUAAACAAACAAAUGUAAAAAAUCUCCUUUAUUUCUGUGCUUAUUUCUAGU